AUGAACGACGCCGACGUUGCCAAUUUUUAUAAUCUACCAUCCGCUUACCCCGAGGAUUGGCCUGCGGAGCUCGACGAAAGUGAACCCUCCGACGACGAAGCCUCGGGACGAGAUGGUUCGCGAGCGAGAAGAUCCCGCUACUUCGCCCUUGAGCGCAGUCAUAGCGGCAAGGGGAUGAGUCUUGGGUCUUUCACGGGCAGUAGUUCUCGCGAAAAUCUUGCCAAGAUCGAUGAGCCGGAUCCUCUGGGGACAGGUGACAGUGUGCUGAAGAUUCUAAAGAGGAGAGGACUGUCCUUGGAAGAUGAGGCCCGCCUGCGCAACCGGUUCUUGCUCUCAUCCACCUCCUUCUCACCGGCUCUCUUUCUUUCCCAAGCCCACUCCGAUGCAUCUAUAGAAUCUCUCCUCCAGGGGCUGGAUUUUCUCUCGAGAUCUAUCGACCAGAAAUCGGCGUCCUUGAAAGUCCUCGUUGAAGCAAACUUCGAGCGCUUUGUGAGGGCCAAGGCAACAAUCGAUAGUGUAUAUACAGAGAUGAGAAAUCAAGGGAAAGCGGCGGAUGUUCCGUUUUCUCCACAGAACAAUCGCAGGUCGGCCGGGCACUUCAGGAGUAUUUCCGGAGCAUCGCGAGUUGCGUCUCCCGGUAACGUAGGUCCUGGAAAGAAUGCUUUGACAAAGGAGAGUGAUUAUGGCAUGAAGGGUAUUCGUGUGCCUCUUCUCGAGGCAUGCGUCAAGGCGGAAGAGGUCUGGGGCCCCGCAUUGGGAGGUCGCGAGAGGGAACAGAUGCUCAAGUCGGUUGUCGACGCAAUGGAGAAGCAUCGCGAUGUCUAUGAAAUAGGCGGUCUUCUCUCGAGAUCAAUCAAACAGAGAGACUAUGACUCCAUUUUUGAGCAAUACACAAAAGCAAGAACGCUCGCCAAGAAAGCUAAGAACAUCGCAGAUCAAGCAGCCAGCAGUGGCCGACCUUUGACGGAUGACGACACCUAUGCUGUGUUAGCUAUGGGCCGCAUGUGGCUCGAAGUCGAUCAACAAAUCCAAACAUUCAAACGUGAUCUAUGGAGACGCCUCAGCGAUGCACCUACCACAUCAACUACAAUCACAGCGGCCGGUACUGUGGAAGAGCACAUGGAGCUCAUUGGUGCUCUGCUAGAAUUGGGUGUGGAGGAUAAUCCCAUCUGGGUAUGGCUCCUCAGCCGCUAUGAUUAUCUCAAGACCAAGAUCGCCGCCUUCUGUGGACGUUGCAAGAUGGAGAUCGAGAUUCUCAGACGAAGGCUCGCUGCGGGCGAGAAGCCAUCCCCGAAAGCAGUGGCUUCAUAUCUCCGCUUGGCACCCCGGGAAGAUGCGACCGAUAUACAAGGAGUACUAGACACCGAUCAGGUUGUUGAGCUCUGGGAAUGUAUCCUGGCAUACUUUAACAGAUUACUUGCAUCACAGGGAGGUCUACUUGGCGAGGUGUUCGAUUUUUGGGAAGUAGCACAAUCCUUCAUCAAUGGGACCAAGCAGAAGCUUCUCCCACCUGGAUUUGAAGGCGAAAGCCGAAAACAUCACCAUCUUUCUGAAAGCGAGACGAAGGAGCUGCAGAACGGCGUUGUUGAAUUGGUUGACUUGAUCCGUGGAAGCGUUCUGUCUUUGUUCGCUGACGCUCCUUUGGAUGAUGCCUCCUUCCUGACGUCUCCGAUUUCCCCAGCAACUCCAAAUAGUCCGAUCAGUCGAGGCGUCACUCCCACAGAGUCGCGAUUCAAAUUAGAUCCUAAGAAUAUGCCAAUACCCACCCCUAAGUGUGGCGAGUUCUGGGAAGACUAUGCUUUCUGGCCGCCUUUUUCGAACUCCUUGAGCGGUUUGCACUACCUCAGCCAGUUCAUGAUCAUCAUCGGCACCGCGGCGAGCGAAAUGGCUGCACUAGAGCCCGUGGCGAAUGGCGGCAACACUCAUGAUCUGCUCAAGGCUCUUGUGAGUGUUGCCCGUGAACGUUCUGUUCGGGUGGCAUGUGCCGCUUGGGGCAAGGAUGCGGAGAUUUGCAAAAUGCUCGAAGAUUGGACGCGAGAUGUCGAGAGAAAGGAUCUCACGAAAAUGCCUGGACUAUUUGUCGCCUUUGAAAAUGCAAUCCUUGGUGGAAUGCAGAAAAUCCUCUAUGUCUCGGAGGCGAUGGCGAAACCGGGGGCAGUAGAUGUCGUCACGCAGCCUCCUGCGAAACUACUCCAGAUGGUGCGCACACAAUUCGUCUCCAGUGUGUACAAGGCGCUCAGUGGUUUGGUGGAAAAUGCCGAGCAUCCCAUGGUCCUCGAAGAGGAUAGCGAAUGGAUCCUUCCUAGCCCGUCAGGGGAACUCACUGGAACCGAUAGCAACUCAGCCGCUCUGGUUGCGGAUGCUGUCGAUGCUCACGAUCGAAAUGUGCGCAUCCUCCUCACACUGUCGAAUAUCAGAGCUCUCCAGGCCGACUUCGUUCCACAUCUCAUCACGAAUUUUGAAACCGCUUUCUCCGUCAAGUUAACCGAGGAGGCCAAGACCAUUCGCGAUGUGCUCAGUCAAAUCGAUGACCGUUUAUUCCAGUCAUACACUAAGCCGACAGUCAACAAAUUAAACUCCAUGAUUGUCAACGGCGUUACUGCUCCGGAUUGGGAGCCGUCGAACCCCCGCCCGGACCAAGUUCGCCCCUACGUAUACAAUACCCUGCUUGCUGUUGUGCUUGUCCAUACGGAAAUCUCGACCACAAUCCCGUCGUGUAUAUCCCAGGCGUCCAAUCGGCCAUCAUCUACUGCGCCAUCACCGUUGUUGACCAUGGUUCUUACGCACCUGCUGACACAGAUCUCAUCCUCCCUUCUGGGCGCAUUCGGCUCGCGGCCUUCGUACACUCUAGCUGCCCUGAUGCAGGCCACUCUAGAUACCGAGUUUAUUGCGCAAACGCUGUCCCAGUACUCCACAGACGAAGCAUCUACCGUGCAGAGCCAAAUCUAUGUGGAACUUGAUCAACGAACUACGCAUGAAGCCAGAGCUAGGCUUCAGUCGGAGCUUGGUGAGAUGAGAGGCAUAUUGAAGCGGCUCAGAGAGAGGACCAAGGGGGAAUUUGCAUGCUUCAAGAAGCCACGGAGUGGGACCGGACACAAAGCUGCGUAG